AUGGAGUGGUUGGGGAAGGCCAAGAUUCGCUUCACGCACGCGCCGGCGCCGAGGAAAUUAAGGGAAAAGGACGGGAGCGAAACGGACCUUCGAAAGAUUGUGGAGAAGACGACGCCGCCGUGCUAUCUCAACCCGCUGCUGUUCAACGGCCACGUGCAGACGAUGUGGACGGCGACGAAGCCUCACGGACCCCACGUUUACUAUCGUCGCAGGGUGUUCCAUGCCGACCACAAGACGUACCAUGGAACGUUUGCCGUCGACUUUGCCGUCGAGCCUUUCGAUGAGGUCGACGACUCCCUGCCGCCUCGGACGGUACACUACUCGGAGGAGCAGUUUUGCAACAUGGGCGGCGACGACGGCAAGCCGAUGCUCGUUGUCCUCCAUGGCCUCUCGGGCGGCUCUCACGAAGUCUAUCUUCGACACGUAAUCGCCCCUCUGAUCGGAGAGGGCGGCUGGGAGGUCUGCGUCGUAAACUCGCGAGGCUGCGCCAUGAGCAGCCUCACCACCGGCGUCCUGUACAACGCUCGAGCGACGUGGGAUAUCCGUCAGACGGUGAAGUGGCUGCACGAAAAGUUUCCCAACCGGCCCCUCUUUGGCGUUGGAUUCUCGCUCGGCGCCAACAUGCUCACCAACUACUGCGGCGAGGAGGGCGCCGACUGCUUGCUCAAGGCAGCCGUCGUGUGCUCGAACCCGUUCAACUUGGAGGUCUCCAGCAAGCUUCUCCAGAACAGCCUCAUCGGCAGAGAGGUCUACCUUCGCGUGAUGGGCUCUUCGAUGAAGACCCUCGUCAACUCGCACCAGAAGGAACUGGAAGAGCACACCGACCUAGACUUUGCGGCCAUCAGAAAUGCCAAGUAUCUGCACGACUUUGACCGGGAAGUUCAGUGCCCUACUUGGGGCUACCCAACCGUGUACGCAUACUACCGCGACGCAUCAUCCACAGACGCCGUGCUCGGAAUCAGGAUCCCCUUUGUGGCGAUUCAGGCCACCGACGACCCCAUCGCCGUCGAGGAGGCCCUCCCGUACGAGGAGUUCCGGCAGAAUCCAAACACAGUCAUGAUCACCACCUCUUUGGGCGGCCAUCUCUGCUGGUUCGAAACCGGCGGCUCCCGAUGGCACAAGCGACCGGUGUGCAAUUUUUUGAAUCACAUUGCUCGGAACGUCGACCUCGAGAGCCUCAAGCCGCAGCCCGACGCGCAGGCAACAGAGAAAGUGUCGGCCGGUGCCGACUACCAGCCGAUGCGGCGAAAACUCUUCAUUCAGGACGAAGAUGAGGCGUAG